AGAUUCUGCUUAUUCAGCAGCUGCUGGUGGACGACCAGGUGCUACCAAAGUCAUGGUGGUUGUAACUGAUGGUGAAUCCCAUGAUGGUUCAAUGUUGAAAGCCGUAAUUGAUCAAUGUAACAAUGACAAUAUACUGAGGUUUGGCAUAGCAGUUCUUGGGUACUUAAACAGAAAUGCCCUUGAUACUAAAAAUUUAAUAAAAGAAAUUAAAGCAAUUGCCAGUAUUCCAACAGAAAGAUACUUUUUCAAUGUUUCUGAUGAAGCAGCUCUACUAGAAAAGGCUGGGACAUUAGGAGAACAAAUUUUCAGCAUUGAAG